CAAUAAGUGUUAGUCAUGGGAGCCUUUUUUGCGAAAAGUAGCAAAAAGACGGCCCCCAGUCGGAUAACCGACCACGACAAGGCUGUCUUGCAACUGAAGCAGCAACGGGACCGUCUCAAACAGUACCAGAAGCGCAUUGAGCUGCAGCUGGAAAAUGACAGGCUCCUCGCCAAGAAGUGCCUACAGCAGGGCCGGAAAGACCGGGCCAAGCUGUUGCUGCGCAAGAAGAAAUACCAGGAAAGUAUGCUGACGAACGCGGACAAGCAGCUGGAUAAUCUGGAAAAACUGGCAGCCGACCUGGAGUUCGCCCAGGUGGAGAUGAGGGUGCUGGAUGGCUUGAAGCAGGGCAAUGCCGCCCUGAAGAAGGUGCACGAAAUGCUGGACAUAAACGAAGUGGAAAGAAUCAUGGAUGAGACAAGAGAGGGCAUUGAGAAGCAGCAGGAGAUAGACGCUAUUCUGACGGACGCACUGACGCCGCAAGACGAAGAGGAUGUCCUGGCCGAAUUGGACGCCCUCGAGGCCGAAGAGGACGGCGUCCAGUUGCCGGAAGUGCCCACCGAGAUACUGCCACCAGUCGACGAGGCGGCAGCAGAGGAGAAAGCAGAGACCAAAGCGAUCAGCAGUAAGACGAAGAAGGUCCUUGUGGAGGCCUAGAUCUAUUUUCAAUCGAAACUAAUGCCAUUUUGUAUGUAUGUGUUUGUAUAGCCAGAAGCUAAAUACUUCUAUAAGUCCAAUGUGAAAUAUAUAUUUUUCUAGAAUCUAUAA